GGACAAAAGAAAGAAAAAGAUCAGUAAGACAAAAAUACAAAAAGAACUCCAAAAAAGGUCCAUUUUGUGUUAGUCAGUUAGCCCUGGGCAUGGGGCCUGAUCUGGAUUGAGACAGGGUCUCACUGUGGUCCUGGCUGGCCUGGACUCUUUAUGUAAAACAGGAUGGCCUUGAUCUCAGAGAUCCACCCGAGUGCUGGGAUUAACGGCAUGUGCCACAUACCCUGCACCAAGAAGCUUUUAUUGUUGUUUUGUUCCGAGGCAGGUGUAACCACAGAGCGGAGGCUGGCCUUACACUUGAGGUCACCUCAGCUUCCCAAGUACUGGAAAUGCUGGUCUCAGUCUCCAAACCUUGCUUUCCUAGGAGUUUUUGGCCGCCAGCAUUUCUGCUUUAAAAGUCCCCAAAUAUGCUUUUUCAACUCCUAGUCAAUAGGGGUUUUCCUGGGACUCCUGCCAAUUUAGGCCCCUCCUUCACCCUGGAAGAUCUGUUGGGAUAUUGAGGGAGGUUGUGAGCAGAGAGCAUGAUGGUGAUAAGCCUGUGACUCUGCCCUGUACCAACCAGAGCCUGGUAGGACUGAUAUGUGGUUGCAGAAGAUGAGACAUGUCCUCUAACACGAGGACAAGAGGAGGAGAACCUCAGGGCUGGCCCAGGGCCCUUCCUGGAAGGUGGUCCUAGCCCGCUAUCUUGGAAGGUUAAGGCUGGCUCACUGGCUGGGAAGAAGCCCGGGUUGCUCGCUGGCUGGGAAGAAGCCCGGGUUUGCUGCUGUUUGUUGUAAGUGGAAGCCGGCUGCUGGCAUGGAUGUUAUGGCUACAGGCCUGGCGGGUAGCGGCACCAUGUCCUGGUGCUUGUGUGUGCUACAAUGAGCCCAAGGUGACAACAAGCUGUCCCCAGCAGGGCCUGCAGGCUGUGCCCACUGGCAUCCCAGCCUCCAGCCAGCGAAUCUUCCUGCAUGGCAAUCGCAUCUCUCACGUGCCCGCUGCCAGCUUCCAGUCAUGCCGAAAUCUCACUAUCCUGUGGCUACACUCCAACACUCUGGCCCGGAUUGAUGCCACUGCCUUCUCUGGCCUGACCCUCCUGGAGCAACUAGACCUCAGUGACAAUGCACAGCUCCGUGCCGUGGACCCCACCACCUUCCGUGGCCUGGGCCACCUGCACACACUGCACCUAGACCGAUGCGGCCUGCAGGAGCUGGGGCCCGGCCUGUUCCGUGGACUGGCAGCUCUGCAGUACCUCUACCUACAAGACAACAAUCUGCAGGCACUGCCUGACAAUGCCUUCCGUGACCUGGGCAACCUCACACACCUCUUUCUGCAUGGCAACCGCAUCCCCAGCGUGCCUGAGCAUGCUUUCCGCGGCCUGCACAGUCUUGACCGCCUCCUCUUACACCAGAACCACGUGGCUCGUGUGCAUCCACACGCCUUCCAGGACCUCGGCCGCCUCAUGACCCUCUACCUGUUUGCCAACAACCUCUCCAUGCUGCCUGCAGAGGUCCUAGUGCCCCUGAGAUCUCUGCAGUACCUGCGACUCAAUGACAACCCCUGGGUGUGUGACUGCCGGGCACGUCCACUCUGGGCCUGGCUGCAGAAGUUCCGAGGUUCCUCGUCAGAGGUGCCCUGCAGCCUGCCCCCACGCCUGGCCAGCCGUGAUCUUAAGCGCCUGGCUGCCAGUGACCUAGAGGGCUGUGUUGUGGCUUCGGGGCCCUUCCACCCCAUCCUGACCACUCAGCUCACUGAUGAGGAGCUGCUGGGCCUCCCCAAGUGCUGCCAGCCGGACGCUGCAGACAAAGCCUCAGUGCUGGAACCCGGGCGGCCAGCUUCUGCUGGAAAUGCCCUCAAGGGACGCGUACCCCCUGGUGACACUCCACCAGGCAACGGCUCAGGCCCACGGCACAUUAAUGACUCUCCCUUUGGGACUUUGCCCAGCUCUGCAGAGCCCCCACUGACUGCUGUACGGCCUGGGGGGUCCGAGCCACCAGGACUGCCCACCACGGGACCCCGCAGGAGGCCAGGUUGCUCCCGAAAGAAUCGCACCCGCAGCCACUGCCGUCUGGGCCAGGCAGGAGGUGGAAGCGGUGGAGCCGGGGAAGCAGAGGACUCAGGCGCCCUGCCUGCUCUGGCCUGCAGCCUCGCUCCCGUGGGCCUUGCACUGAUACUCUGGACAGUGCUCGGGCCUUGCUGACCAGACACCAGCUACCAGGUGUGUGUACAUAUGGGGUCUCCCUCCAUGCCGCCAGCCAGAGCCAGGGACAGGUUCCGUGGGGCAGGCCAGGCCCUCCCUGACAGAUGCCUCCCCACCAGCCCACCCCCAUCUCCACCCCAUCAUGUUUACAGGGUUCCGGGGGUGGCGUUUGUUCCAGAACGCCGCCUCCCACCCGGAUCGCGGUAUAUAGAGAUAUGAAUUUUAUUUUACUUGUGUAAAAUAUCGGAUGACGUGGAAUAAAGAGCUUUUUUCUUAA